AUGAUUAAAGAAGAAACUCAUGUACAAGGCUUCUCUACAAACAGCAAAGAUAUUCUUCAAUCUGGCAAUCUGAUCAGCCAACAGGAGGAACCAUUGAAAGUUACAUACAAAGAAAUAGAAGUGCACUCUGAUUACGAUGAGCAUGAGAAUGCUGGUGUAAGUAUAACAGAAAACAGCCUGCAACCUUCAGAUGUGAGCGUUACAAAGAAGACAUUUGAAAAUUCCUCUGCAAAUAUUAAAGUUGAAAAUUAUGAACAGGUUACAGGAGUGACUGCUUCAGGAUAUAGGAAGCAUCAGACUGAUCUCAUGUCUCUGAGUGAUGAAAUUCAGCGAUCAUCCCAUCAGAACUCUGAUACAAGUGCAAGAUCAUCCCAUCAGAACUCUGAUACAAGUGCAAGAUCAUCCCAUCAGAACUCUGAUACAGAUGCUAGUUCAUCCCAUCAGAACUCUGAUAUAGGUGCAGGAUUGUCCCAUCAGGACUCUGAAACAGAUGCAAGAUCAUCCCGUCAGAACUCUGAUACAGGUGCCAGAUUGUCCCAUCAGAACUCUGAUACAGGUGCCAGAUUGUCCUAUCAGAACUCUGAUAUAGGUGCAGGAUCAUCAAAUCAGAACUCUGAUACAGGUGCAAGAUCAUCUUUGCUGUCAGCUCCAGAUACAGGAUCAUUGACUGGGGUCAUGCCAGAUUUCCAGGAGCUCUCUCUUUUGAGUGACAAAUGGGAUCCGUCGAUACAACCUGAUGAAAUACCUCUCAAUUCCCAACAUUCUGACCCUCAUUCAGGCUCAUCAGAUCUAGAGCAAACUCCAGAGGAUCCUCAUUCAAGCCCAUCAAACCAACAACAAACCGUAAAUAAGUUGAUGUUGAAUGUAACAUCUUCACUGUCCAAUCAACACCCAGAUCCACACUCAAGCCCAUCAGACUUUCAGCAAACUCCAUUUAAUCCUCACCCAAGCUCAUCAGACUUACAGCAGGCUUCAAACAGAACUUCCCAGCAACACUUUAAUCCUCACCCAAGCUCGUCAGACUUACAGCAGACUUCAAAUAGAACUUUCCAGCAAGACUUCAAUCCUCACCCAAGCUCAUCAGACUUACAGCAGACUUCAAAUAAUUCUAACUCAAGCUCAUCACACCAACAUCAAACUCUAAACAAGAUGUUGAAUGUAGCGUCCUUUCUGUCCCAUCAAUCUCCACUUCCAAAUAGCAGUCUGACAGAUACAACUUCUAACAAAUCCGCACAUUAUUACUUUGAUGGUUCUAGUGGUUACUGCUAUUGUUGUUCUAUUGAACUAACAUCUCUUCAGCAUGCAAAUCAACAUCUACACGGCCAGAAACAUAAAAAGAGGUCGGAGCAAUGGGAAUUGACAUCGGCACUUCAGAAUGGACCAUCUCAGCAAACCCCGGCACCGACCCAGCAGUUUUCACCUCCAAAUGGCAAUUUAGCAAAUCUUGCUUCCAACAAAUCCGCACCAUAUUACUUUGAUGGUUCUAAAGGCUACUGCUAUUGCUGUACUGUGGAGCUGACAUCUGUUCAGCAUGCAAACCAACACUUAUAUGGCCAGAGGCAUAAGAAGAGGUCAGAGCAAUGGGAGUUGACAUCAGCACUUAAAAAUGAACCAUCUCCGCAAACCCAGGCCCUUCCAGAACAGCAAGUCCAACAUCCUACUGAAGACAGCUCUUAUUAUUUUAACGGUGACCGAGGUUUUUGCCAUGUCUGCAACAUUGAAUUAACUUCCUUUCAGCAUGCACAACAACACAUUUCUGGGAAACCACAUAAGCGUACAAAAGAAAGAUUUAACAGGACUCAAAAUGGAAUUGCAUAUCCUUUAAAUUGCCAGAUUUGCAGUAAGAUCUUUACAGGCCAGGAAAGUGCACAGCAGCAUUUCACUUCUGCCAACCAUAAAAUUAAGGCUGAAGUUUUGAAUGAAUCAGUUAAAGUUUUGACAGUUGUAGAUGAAGGGCGAGUUGUCAUGAAAGAUGGCCAAGUUUGGCAUGUGUGUGAUCUUUGUAAAGUGGCCAUGAACUCAAGAGAACAAUUUUUAUUUCACAAAGAGUCUUUAAAACACAAAAGAGAAUGUGAAAAUUCUAAGAAUAGAAUUUCAUUUUCUGAAAAUGGCCCUGUUGAAUUUAUAAACAAUGCAGUGUUGCAGGAUCCGUCAAAUUACAUCUACAAAACAUCCAGCUGUACAAGCAGUUCUAGAGCUUCGAGUGUGGAAACAGUUCAAGAGGAGCUGGACACUGCUGCUCUUAGAUACUCACAAGCCAAAUUUGAAGAUCAACAGAUUCAAGGUGGGGCCAACAGGCAGAAAGUGUUGGAUGAAAAUCGCCAUUAUCUGAUGUAUUCGCAAGCCCCAGUCGUCAGUGCUGUGUCCAACUCAUCAUCGGCCUUAAAUCAGACUUCAGGUUCUAAAAGUAACGCUGAUGGCAGGAGCCAGGGUCAGCAUAGGCAGACAGGUCUAGGUUCUGUUUCAUCAGAUCAUUCCAAAGAGCCAGCACAACCUACAUCGGCAGAAGCCAGUUCUGCUAACUCACAAAUAUAUGACGACUUUUGGCAGUCUCUCCGAGCUGACGGCGGGCACAAUGCUGGUUUGGGUUUUACACCAACUCCACAAAUGAGGGGUGGAGCUAUCUUGGCAAACUCUUCUGGUGGACGUUCUCAGUCGUACAGUGGUGCGGGUACACAUUUCUCAGAUCCUCAUUCUAGUGGGUCGGGUACUCCCAUCUCAAAUCCUCAGUAUAGUGGGUCCAUUAAUCAGGGGGCCACAGGUUUCUCUUUAGACGAUAACACUGAAGAUGACCUCGAUUCAGGACAGAAUCACUUGAAUUCUGCAUCUGGAGAUGACAGUUUCUCAAAUCCUGACAAUCUUGGUAAUGUCAUCAUGAAACCUAGGCCAUCUAAAAGUCGAGGCCGCGGAAACGAAAGAUUAAGAAAUGGUGUGUUAUCCUUAGACAAAAAGGAAUUUGACGAUGAUUUUGACAAUGGGUAUGAAGAGGAGAAUAGAGAUGAUUUAAAUAUUAUUGAAGAGGUGCCACCUGAAGUACCCACACCUCCAGCAGAACCAAUGAGGAGUGGCAAGCCUGGUUUUCGCUACUACUGUCCCAUCUGUAACAAGCAUAUGAACACCAGAGAGGCCUACGAAACACACGCCCAGGGAAAGUACCAUAUCUACAUGUUGUCCAGUUGCCCAGCUCCGGUUCGCAAGCUUGAGCCGAUUUGCAAGAUAAACAGGGAUGAGGGAGAUGUACUGUCAAGAGUGUGGGAUAUCAUCAGUAAACAACUCAAUAUCCAACCCAGGGUCUAUCAGAUUGAACUUGUCCUAAAGGCUAUGAAAGGAGACUGCAUUAUAUAUUUGCCUACAGGUACUGGGAAAACACUGGUGGCAGUUCUAACAAUGGGCCUGAUGCUUCAGGAUAACCCAUCUCGCCCAGUUCUCUUCCUUGUGGACAAAGUGUUGUUGGUGAUGCAGCAGGCGCAGUAUAUCAUCAGACAUUUUGCUGGGACACUGUUUAAAAGACAAGAUGGCCCCCUGGGGAGCCCACCUGUGACCCGUGAGUUGCAGGUCAAGCCAAUCUGUGGUGGGAUGACCACAAAAACUGAUCUUCCAGUUUGGAAACAUGACAUCGUCGUAACCACUGCAGCAUAUUGUGCCAACAUGCUAGAACGGAAACAGAUACGAUGGGAGGACUUCUCGCUGGUGGUACUUGAUGAGGUUCACCAUUGUGGCAAGGGCCAUCCCUACCACAAACUGAUGAGCACCUACCAUUGUAGCCUUCCUGAGCAUGCCAGGGCAAAGGUUCUGGGUCUGACAGCAUCGCCAGCUGGGAAGUCCACGGUGGAACAGACAUACACCAUGCUAAAGAGUCUUCUAGCAAAUCUUGGUGGAGCCUCUGUAGCUGUAGUGGAGGAGGAGAACGACUGCCUGGACCAUUACCAGUCUAUGGCCAAAGUCAAGCCCAUUUGUGUGCCCAUGUCCAGCAAGGAGAAGGAUUUCAAAGGGCGUCUGUUGGAGUAUAUUGUCCUGUGUUACUCCCAGCUGGCUUUGAUGACCCAUAACUUGCGGAGUGAUGAACCACCGUGUUCUUUCUUUCUUGAUGCAGUCCGUAAACCAGGGGAUAGAGAGGUGGCCUCACAGCUGGCAGAAAAGUUCAUGAAGGACCCAGAGCCUCUGUCAGAAGUGCUAGAUGUGAUUUUUAAAGCUAGAUGCAUUGAUGAGGUGGAUGUGACGGGCAGGAACCGGUUUGAUAAUCUGAGACUUCACAUCUGCCAGCUGCUGUUGAUCAUCCCAGAAGUUGGUUCUGGUGCUGACAUUGAGGAACUGUUGGGACAUCUGUCUCCUUCAGGCAUAACUGAGGAAUUUAAAAAAAUGGGCUUGCCAUGUGAUCAAAUCUAUGAGCGUGCGGUUCUUUUUGCUAAUGAUGGCAACAAUGACCUGACCAUGUUUUCCAAGCUGGUAGAGACUUUGCAGGAUCCAGAUUUAAUCAGCUGGGCAGACACAUCCAGCCGAGCUCUUGUGCUUGUGAGGGAAAGAAAGCGGGCCAGACAGUAUUGCCUGAAACUGAGAGCACAUCCUAUGGUGGAGAAGAAAAACCUACGAGUGGGACACAUCGUAGGGCAUGGCAAGGGAGCUAAAGAUGGAGGAAUGGAUGUCAAGAAGCAGCGGAAGGUCUUUGAUAAUCAUGAAAAGUACCAUAUCCUAGUGGCAACCUCUAUCAUGGAGGAAGGUAUCGACAUUCAAGCUCUACAGCUGGUAGUUUGCAUGAACCCACCAAACAGUUUGCGAGCCCUGGUACAGAUGCGUGGCAGAGCACGUAGGCAGGGCAGCCAUUUUGUGGUCCUGUGCAGCAGUCAGGAGGAUGUUGAUAAGCUGAACAGUCUUCAAAAGCAAGAGCAGAACAUGCAGCAGGCAGCCAAGCGGUGUCUAGAGGAAUCAAAGUAG